AUUCAACUUGGUUAACAUUGAAAUUUAGGACUUAGCUGAUACUAUCAAGUCAUCUUUGAGGAAUAAAAAUUCAUAAAAAAUAACUGUAAUAAUUUUUUAGCAUUUUCAUAUAGUAGAAGACAAUAACAGGAUAUGAGGAUUCUUACAAAAGAUGACUUCCCCCUGGCCGUUCAUCGACUGAAUUCUUUUACACCACAUUCAAUAAGGGCAUUAGGUGUAGUGAUGGUGGAAAUGGUGUAUGAUAUAGGUUGGAGUGAUAUAAUAGUUGACAAAUGGCCAGAUUUUCAAAUCCUUUAUGCUCCACAAAAGAAGCAGUUUCUGGAACAGAAUCCAGAAAUGAGAGAUAAUCUAGCAGGGAUUCUAUUUGCUACAUCACAUGAUGCUAUCAGCACCUUUGUAAAGACAUCUGGUGUUUUCAAGGAGUUUCCCGUUACAAUUUGUGCCAAGAUAUCGGAUAUUAGUGCUCUGCAUUCUGCACUUAAUGAGUUAAAACCUGUCUACAUGGAAUGCCUAGAAUCUUAUGCAAUGUUCUGGUUUGACAAAGAUGUUACAACAUUUAACAAAGACCAAGAAUUGCCGCAUGGGAUGUACUUUGAUGAACUGGGAGAAACAGAUUAUGAAUCAGUUCAAAAGUCAUGGCAUUAUUCAUAUACAUGGAAGAGUUCUGAAUAUGAUCCGCGUAUAAUAACCAUGAUAAGGCAUCUACCAACAAGUUGCAUUCGAACCACCAGUGGGGCACUUAUAGGCUUCAUUCUGUGCACACAUAAUUUCAUAAUGGGAAAACUGUUUGUUGAGCCCAGAUAUCGAGGACAGGGCUUAGGUGGAAAGAUUGUUAAAGACCUGUGCAAAAAAAUCAUCAAACAAGGAAUGCUUCCAUAUUGUGGAGUUGAUUAUUUUAACACUGUAUCUCUGAAUAUGUGCCAGAAACUGGGUGGAUUUGAAAUGUCUGAGAAAUGGGCCAAAUUUGAUCUUACACCCAGUAAAAUUUGAGGUCACAGUACCAAAACAACAUAAGACCAUGGUCCCAUGGGUUUCAUUCAUAUUUUUUAUGGAGAAGGAAGAUCUAAUUUUUUCUGCCCCAGGUUGUUGCAUUUGUAUAUGUUAUUAUCAGGAGAUUAAAAUGCCAAAUUCUCUUAGUUUUUUUGUGGACAGAUUUUUGCACAUAUCAGUAAAUUACUAAAUAUCAAUGCAAUGGAUUGAUGAAACAUUAUUGGUCAAAGAAGGUUUAAAAGGGUUAUUGUAUG